UGGGGCGGGAGGAGACGGUUAUGGGCUCGUUCCUGGGCAGGAUCCGAGCUGUCUGAGGGGCGCGGAGACCUGCGGGAGGGAGACGGCCGCAGCAUGGCGGCCGGCAGCGCACCGCCCUGCCCUCCGCCUUCCUGUCGCAGCCGUUUGGACCCUGUAGUCCGCGAGUGCUUGCUGUGAGCCCGCCGCGCGUCAUCCCGCUGUCCGCCCGCCCUCCCUCCCCCAUCGCCUCUGCCAGCCCGGAGGGCGGCCGGGCUCACCGCGCCCACCCGCCGGGGCCCUGGGACCAUGGAGGACGUGAAACUGGAGUUCCCCUCGCUCCCGCAGUGCAAAGACGACGCCGAGGAGUGGACUUACCCUAUGAGACGAGAGAUGCAGGAAGUUUUGCCUGGAUUGUUCUUAGGCCCAUACUCUUCUGCUAUGAAAAGCAAGCUACCUAUAUUGCAGAAACAUGGCAUAACUCAUAUAAUUUGCAUACGGCAAAAUAUUGAAGCAAACUUUAUUAAACCAAACUUUCAACAAUUAUUUAGAUAUUUAGUCUUGGAUAUUGCUGAUAAUCCAGUUGAAAACAUAAUACGUUUUUUCCCUAUGACUAAAGAGUUUAUUGAUGGAAGCUUACAAAAUGGAGGAAAAGUUCUCGUCCAUGGGAAUGCAGGUAUCUCUAGAAGUGCCGCCUUUGUUAUUGCAUACAUCAUGGAGACAUUUGGGAUGAAGUACAGAGAUGCAUUUGCUUAUGUCCAAGAAAGAAGAUUUUGUAUUAAUCCUAAUGCUGGAUUUGUCCACCAACUUCAGGAAUAUGAAGCCAUCUACUUAGCAAAAUUAACAAUACAGAUGAUGUCACCACUCCAAAUAGAAAGGUCCUUAUCUGUUCAUUCUGGUACCACAGGUAGUGUGAAGAGAACACAUGAAGAAGACGAUGACUUUGGAAACAUGCAGGUGGCAGCCGCACAGGAUGGCUGACCUGUGAGGACUGUUACAUGGGUGUGAGCUUCCAUCUGGAAAGGAGAGGAUACUAGUGAUGAUAAUGUGAAAUGGUAAACACACAAAUACUUUCUUUUCAAUUAUAUGUUGCUUCCAGACAUGUUUCUCUGCAACUUGUUAAGCAACACUUUAAGACAUUGGACUUCUGCAGUAGAUGGCGUUGAUGGGUGAUGGGUUUACUUAAAAAAACAAAAACAAAAAAAUACUUCAUGGUUUUAUUAUAAACCAAGAAUUUUGGACUUGCAAAGAGGUAUUAUUGCAAUAAUGCACUUUUCAUACUUGAAAUUUAUUUGUAUGAUAUAAAGUUAUGACUUUAAACAAAAUACAAGUUAGGGGGAUUUGUUUAUAGAUUUUGGAUAAUUUAUAACAAACAAAUUUCCUAAUGUUUCCUAAAAACUCAUUUUGUGUUAUAUUUAAGGUAAUUUUGCAGUUCAAUUUUAUGAUGGAGCCUCUUACAGAAACAUUAACAAAAUGUAGAACUCUUCCACAUUUUUUAGUAUAAUUCAGUAACUUGAUUACCAUUUUUUUAACUUGUUGGACCCAUAUCUUUAAAUCAUGACUUUAGCCAACUAGCCUAUUAAUUUAAUACAGUUAAUACUUCCUUUCCAGUUGCCUCCCUUAUUCUAAAUGAGAAAAGUUGAGAUGAUCAAAGAAAGAGGUCUUACUUUACAAAACCAGAUACUCAAAAAAUAAGGAUAGUGUUAUAUUUUCCACAUGACUUUUUUCUCCUUGCUGUUUAAGCCAAAUGGAGACUUGGUCUUUUCAGAGUUGCCUAGCUCUUCUAACUUUUGUCCAAAAUGGUUCAAAGUAGACCAAACCAAUGUAGCACUGUUUCUUCAGUAUGAAACUCCCAAAAGAAAAGUGCCUUGCAUCAACAAACAAGCAAAUCCUCAUGACUUCUAAAUUAGUAUAUAAAGCAGUGAAAAGCUAUUAAUGUUUUUCUGUAAUUUCUUGUUUUAAAACCAUAAAUUAAAUCUGAUGCUUGAAGAAAGUAAAUUAUCUGGAAUGAGACAUUUACUUCUAUUUUACAUUGUAUUACUUCUCUGAGGUUAAGCUGACAGCUUUGCUUUGAAGAUAUAUAUCCAUUGGGAAAAGCAAUUUGUGGGUGGCUUCAGUGUAUUGUAAAUUACUGUUUCAACUUGUUCCUAAACUAACUCAAACUUAUACCAUAAUUUGCAUUAACAAAGUCAUUUUAUGGCUCUUUAGUUUUCCAUGUUUUGAAUCUAUAUGUAUAAAAGUUGUUCUACAAAAAACCUUUUACUAUUGUUAAGUGUGAUGUGCAGAAGAGAGGUGUUUUUAACUUUUUGUAUAUGAUGACUUUAGGGUAGCGCAGACACAGUUCCUUUAUAGCCCAUGCUUCUCAGUCCCCUUUAGAGGUGCUUUGCCGUUGGGAGUGAUACUGCACACUUCCAGGGUCCCUUGAGGCACUGUGUCAGGUACAGGUCACACUUCACCGCCUUUAGGACAGGAACAGCAUAGAAAGAAUCUUUGUCCUUCCCAGUGGGAGCCUGACUAGAACCAGAAGGACCGUCACCUUGAUCUCUAUCCUCUUCUGGCUUCCCGUCCCAUCUCCUAUCUUUCAGCUCUGAAAAAACAGCAGUGCUUUUAAUUCUGUUGUGUCACAGGCAUGGUGGUCUAGUAGAGCCAAGAUUACAUUGGGUAUUCAGAAAUUCCUGUAAUACAUAUCACCACUGGACAGAUCAUCUCUCUUGGAGUCAACCCAUAAUCUAUGACUCAAUGAACAGAAAUUUUGCUUAUUAAAGCAAUCUCUACAAAUAGUUUUUCAAGAUGAGACAUGUAAAAAACUUUUUAAAGUAAGUUUUAUAAAAAUACAUGUUCUUCUUUAAAUAGGAGUCUGUCCAAAAAUACAGAGGUUAUUGACAGUCAUUUGUAGCUGGUAAUUUUCCAUUUUUCUAUCCACUGUCAUUUUUUCUUCUCACAUAAAGUGCCUAUCCAACACAAUAUACUGGAGACAGUCUCAGACACUUGGGACUGCCACCAUGUUGAGCACAGUUGAUGUGGACAGAUGAGAUUUGUCCUUUCAUAAGACACCUCCAAGUUUGUUUUCUUCCUCUGUAUUUACUAAGUAGCUGUCUUAGGUUCCAUUUCUAGUGAAGUUUUGUAAGUUAACUAUGAUAAAUUUAUCCAAUCAUGAUUUGUUCUCUAGACAACUUGAAUAAUGUAUGAAUGUCUACCCAGCUUCAACAUUAAAUAUGUAAGCUGGACUCAUAAUUAAAACUAUACAUUUUUAUCAAAACACAGGGAAAUUACUCCCCAUUUUGAAAGUUUGAGACAACUGGAAACUGGAGUGGAGAAGGGAGUCUUCUCCUAAUUUAAAUGAUUUAUGUUAGUUUCUUGUCUGUUAGAUGUUGUACCAACUCUAUGGUAGGAAUGUUGAAGUGUGAUAACUUUGCUACCAACUUUCAACCACUUGUAGAGCAGAAUAUUCAUUUGAAGGGGUAUAGGGUUGUACUUACUGAGUCUAGAAGUAAUGUCAGAAAAUGCUAAGCAUGUCCUUUAUAAUAAAACAUAAGGUUUUAUUGUUUAAUUACUAUGGAAUUCAAAUUAAUUAGAAGUAUUUAAGUGCAAUCUUGAAUUAUGAAGUUGAGAUGUAUAUAUUAGGAUGUCAACUUGAUGUAAAGUAAAUGAGCAGUUACCUGAUGGAUUUUUUUUUUUAACAACUGGUUUAAUCCACAAUCUUAAAGCAUAGCUUCACUUCAGUAUUUACAGUAUCUUUGUCCAUUCAACAACACUCCAAUGAGGAAAUAGUAGGAAAUAACUAAGAAUUACUCAAGGAUUUUAUUUAUUUAUUUUUACUAGGAAAGUAAGUUUCUAGAGUCUUGAGUGCUGGAUAAUUCUUUUGUCUUUCCCAUUCAUGGCAGCUAAAAAUAAAUCACUCAAAAUAUUCAGGUUUACAUGUUAUGCUCUUACAGGGAGCUACCAUACCUCACAGUUCAAAGUGUUUCCUCAAUCAGUAACAUGAUACUGACAUGUAAUUGCAAUUUACUAUGCAGCAAAAAUGACUCAAAAUCCUAUGUGUCUAUUUACCUCUGUAUAGGCAGUUGCUUACGUUACUCUGCUUUUAACAUUUGUACUCAGAUAAAAUGCUUAUGUCUGUAUAGGAAUGUCACAGGGCAAGAUGCUGCUAGCCUGGGCACAAAGUAUUAAAGUUAUUUUGUGAAGAUUGGUGGUUGUAUUAAAACUGUUGUGCCAUUGUA